AUGGAAGGGAAAACACGGCACCAACUGUGGAUGGACCUUUGUGAUCUUGUCUCCAAGCACCCUGCCGACAUCAAGGCAUUGAACAUUGAGUCCAUCAUCCGCAGUGGCAUUCGCCAGUUCACCGACGAGGUCGGUCGCCUGUGGAUCUCCUUGGGCGAUCACUUCAUCAGGCUUGGACAGUUCGAGAAGGCCCGAGACAUCUACGAGGAAGCCAUGGCGACUGUCAGUACGGUCCACGACUUCUCGCUGAUUUUCGAGUCGUAUGCCAAGUUCCUGGAGAGCUUGAUCUCUGCACAUAUGGAGCGAGAGGCGUCCACGGUGUCAGCCGCUGAAGCCGACCUUUUGAUGCUCCGUUUGGAGGAUCUCCUGGGUCGACGGCCGGAGCUGGUGUCGUCAGUGAAGCUGCGACAGAAUCCGCACAACGUGCACGAGUGGCUUCAGCGUGCCAAGCUCUACAAGGACGACUGGUUCGUUAUGCGGACGGGCUUGAAAACCACUGGCUUAAGUGUUUCCAGAGUGGAGAGCAGUGGCUUCGCAGUCAUGACCGUGGACCCGCAGAAGGCGGAGGGGCGGCUGUGGACCCUUUGGGCGGCCUUUGCCAAGUUCUACGAGUCGCACGAUGACAUCGAGAACGCUCGGGUCAUUUUCUCCAAGGCUACCCAGGUGAACUACCGUGGCGUGGACGAUCUGGCCUCGGUCUGGUGUGAGUGGAUCGAGAUGGAGCUGCGGCACAAGGAGUUCGAUGAAGCUUUGAAGGUGGCCAGACAAGCCACCGGCCAGAAGAGGGCCGCGGCACUCAAGGAAGACAAGGAUGUGGUGCAAAACCGCUUGUUUCGCUCCACCAAGCUUUGGUCCUUGUGCAUUGACCUCGAAGAGUCCCCUGCUCAGACCGGCGUCGGCUGA